AUGGAAGUAGAAAAGGAAAUAGUAAUAGCUAGGCCAAAUUGGGUUGAGCUUCCAAGAGAUUUGACAGAAAACAUCCUCCAUAGGUUAGAGACGAUUGAAUUAUUGACUAGUGCAUGUCACGUAUGCACCUCGUGGUGGAAUAUCUGCAAGGAUCCUCACAUGUGGCGAACCAUUAGCAUGACCCAUUAUUGCAUUUCACGCAUUUCUGAAGAUAAUCUGGAAAUGUUUUGUCGCAAUGCAAUUGAGCGAAGUUGUGGUCAGCUUGAAUCCAUAGAUAUUGAGCACUUUGCAACAGAUGAUCUUCUUGCAUACAUAGCUGACAGCUCUGGUCACCUACGACACAUGCGGAUCUCAAUGUGUGGAAUGCUCUCAGAUAAAGGAUUUAUUGAAUCUAUUAAGAAACUGCCAUAUUUAGAGAGUCUUGACAUUUCUUUUGACUAUUUGUCAAAGGAUUCCCUUAAAGCUGUUGGUCGAUAUUGCCCUCUUUUGCAAACAUUGAUAUGCAACACAACUGAUUUUGAUAAUGGUGUGUUAUUUGCUAGUGGCGAAACAAUGCCUGGAUUACUUCAUCUUAAAAUGUUUGGAGUGAUGCCUACUGAGGAUGGAUUGUUUGCUAUAUUAAAUGGAUGUCCUGUACUAGAAUCUCUUGACUUGGAAGAAUGCUUUUAUGUGUCUUUUGAAUAUAGGAAAAGCUUGGAGAAGAUGUGCCGUGAAAAAAUCAAAGAAUUUCGGCCUCCAUUACAAUUCUCUUGUGACAACGAUUCUUAUGGUGACAGCGAAAGUUUUUAUUCUAGUCUGUUUAGUUUUGAAGGCUUUGUAAGUAUAUUUUCGAAGAUAUGUAGGGAAAACUCAGAUGGUGAGUCCUAG